GUUGCCACCAAUACACCAUCAUUCACUACUCAAUUAAGCCAUGGCCAACCUUGUCCAAACCCUAAUCUCCAUCGCCCUCCUCCUCGCCGUCGCCCCCAACACGGCACGGUCCCAAUCGACGUCCUUCACCUAUGACUUCUGGGGCGACCAGCCUACCGAUCUCACCUACCAAGGCAACGCCCAUUUCCCGUCGGACUCCACCUUCCUCCGCCUCACCGAACUUAAGACAUUCGACGUCGGCCGGGUCUUGUACUCGACACCGGUCCAGUUCUCCCGAGCUGGUGGCCAAGUCGACUUUGAAACCAUCGUAAACUUCGUAAUCAGACCCAGCCCCAGCAACUACGCCGCUGACGGCCUCACCUUCUUCAUGGCCCCCGUCGGCUCCACCAUCCCCGACGGAGCCACCGGGGGCAACCUCGGAAUCUUCGGCUCCUCCGGCAGCAGCCCCUCGGUCUUCGCCGUCGAGUUUGACACCUACAUCAACAGCCCGUGGGAUCCGAACUACUCCCACAUCGGCAUCGACAUCGGAUCUAGGGAAUCCCCCAUCACGAUGGAGGUCGACGACGGCGGCAUUGUCGGCAAGCUGGUGACUGCGCGGAUCAAGUACGUCGGAGCCAAGAAUAUGAUCACCGUCCAUGCCACCACUGGCUGGAAGACGUUUGAGUUCAGCUAUGAGUACGAUUUGAGCGGCUUUCUUCCCGAGCAGGUUCAGGUAGGGCUCUCCGCCGCCAGCGGAGAGACCGAAUCAUACGUCGCCACCCAUGACAUCAUCUCAUGGUAUUUCAACGCCACCAUGGUGCAGACAAAUUCCGUCGCGAGGAGCAGGAAGGAACUGGCCGGCGACAUUAUUCGUCAAUUCGUGUGAUUUUAUGAUGUGUGUGUGCCCUAAAAUAAAUAAGGACUAAGCGAUCGAGUCUGCUCUCGUUAAGUCUACAAAUAAGAUAAUCGACCAUCUCUAUGUAGGGACUAUGCAAGAAUGCAACGCAUUUGUGUGUCGUUCUAGUUUUAUGGUCUUUGCAAGGUAAUCUAUGGAAGAUUUCAUUAAGAACUUCUAUUGAACA